CUACUCACUUCCUCAUCCUCUCCACGUCAAAGAGUAAUCAAAGCAUUGGAGUUAAAGUUUGAAGUUAGUUUUGUACUUGCAUCAGGUUGUGGGGCAUGGGGAAAAAAACUCUACCCAAUAUGGUAUGCAGUGAAUGUGGUAGCAGUGAACUGGGAUAUUUGAUAGUAAAGUGUUCAGUGUGCACCAACGCAAAGCAUCGGUAUUGUAUGACAACAGUGUCCUUUGAUCCGGCUUUUACAUGGAUGUGUGAUGAAUGUAAGGCUGUGAUUAACCAAAUGCAUGAUCUGGACUCAUUUGGGAUGGUUCCAGAAAUAAAACCUGAGAUGGAAAUGGCGGAAGAUCUUCCAUUCCAACCAUUUCAAAUUCCGGUGAAGGAAGAAGUGUUGGAGAUGGAUGAUGUUCUGCCCUUUGCAGCUGAGGUGAAGGAGGAGGUUGUGGAGCCGGGUUACCAGGCUGGGACCUCUCAGCCUGAACCAUUGAUGGUUUCGUUUUCUGAGGUCCACCCUGAGCCCAUGGAGGACAUGGAUGAGGCUGUUGAAAUGGUUGUAGACCCACCAACUGCUAGACGUUCUCCCAGGAAGAGAAAGCUCAACAGAAAAUAUUUUGCUGCUGAGAUAGUUGUUACGAUGAGCUUUAAGUGGCUGACUGGGGAGGAUGAGAUUUAAAAAUAUGUUGAUGGGUGCUUUUGUUAUGUAUUUAGGCUGGGGAUGAUGUUUUUGUAUGUUUAAAUAUUAUCUACCCUCCCCACUGUUUUGCAUAAAGCCAUAUUUUAAUGUUAAUGUUUUUGGCUUAUAAUAUGUAUUUUAUAUAAGGAUGAUGGUCAUGAACUAUUUUGGAUAUUGA